GUCUGGCGGAAUUUUGAUCAUCUUGACCAAGAUGCAGUAUGUAUAAAUGCACAUGGUUUCCAGCUGCGGUAACAUCCAAAGGAGGGACUCUUUCUUGACAGUGAAUCGCUUGCGUGGAAGACAUCCUCGAACCAAAAUUACAUCCAUCUUCUUUUCCAGGGCAUUGGCGCUUUGCCUGGUGGCGGAGGGAGCUUUAGGGAACUGCUUGGACAGAAAGAUUAAGGAAUAGGUAUAUACCUGGAGAGGAGGAGAAAAGAGGAAGAAACCGUUUAUUCUAAAAACGACUUGUUUAGAUAAUGACAAGGGCCUCGGACGAUCAAGCGGGUAGGAGGCUAAGUCAGGAGGUCUCCUCUGCCACUGAUAUGGAGGAGACGGCGGAAAAGACGACGACAAACUUGAAUCUACAAAAGGUUCCUACCACGACGGGAGGAGAAGAGGCUGCUGUCCUGGGACCGGAGCCUGAUGAACUUCCCAACGGUGGUUUGCGGGCCUGGCUACAAGUUUUGGGCGGCUUCCUCCUAUUCUUCAAUUCAUGGGCAAUCGUCAACUCCUUCGGCGUUUACCAGAGCUAUUAUUCUCAGAAUCUGCUCAGCAGUCAAUCGCCAUCCAACAUUUCAUGGAUCGGAUCUAUACAAGGCUUCUUGCUCCUCGCUGUCGGCUGCAUCGCCGGGCCUUUGUUUGACGCCGGCUACUUUCGAAUCGUCAUCACUACGGGAGCUUUCUUGGUUGUCGUCGGCUUCAUGAUGACGAGCCUUGGCACCGAGUACUGGCAUAUGCUUCUAGGCCAAGGCUUUUGUAUGGGCUUGGGUGCUGGAUGUCUCGUUGUCCCAUCCCUUGCCCUUCUACCGCAGUACUUUGGCCCAUCCAAGCGAGCACUGGUCAUCGGAAUUGCCGUGACCGGGAGCAGCCUCGGCGGCGUGGUGUAUCCGCUUCUUUUCACAGCCCUGCUCAGCCGUAUCGGCUUCGGCUGGACCAACCGUGUACUAGGUUUCAUCUCACUGGGCACGCUGGGUACCGCAGUUAUCGUCAUGCGCACUCGUGUGAAGCCUCGCCAGGUGCGGUCCCUGUUUGACCCAGCUUCGUUCCACGAGACGCCCUACCUACUGUACUGCGCGGCCCUAUUUUGCUCAAAUUUCGGUUUCUUCGUGCCCGUCUUCUAUCUGCAGCAGUACGCUCUUGGCCACGGGUUGGAGCACAGCGAGGACUUAGCGCGGAACCUGGUGGCAGUGCUGAACGGGGCGUCCAUCUUGGGACGUCUCGCACCUAGCCUUGUGGUGCCGUACAUUGGGCCCAUAAAUACAAUGAUUUGGGUCGCCGGCAUGGCAGCGGUGGUUACGUUUUGUUGGGUGGCGGUUAAUGACCUGGCUGGAAAUGUCUUAUUUGCAAUCUUGUAUGGAUUCAGCACUGGCGGCAUCGUAAGUCUCCCGGCUGUAGUGUUGGCAUCAGUCACCAAAGAUCUUGGCUUUCUAGGUGCACGAAUGGGCACUUCAAACCUUAUUAAUGCAGUCGGCUCGCUCUGUGGCCCCCCGCUUGCUGGUGCCAUAUUGAAGUCAGGUCGAGGUUCCAACUGGUUGGGCUUGCAGUUGUUUGCCGCCUUUACCCUUACGUGCACUGCUUUGUUAUUUUACACAAUGCGCGUGGCUAGAGUCGGGCCUAGACUGCUUUGCAAAGCAUGAUGUAUUCUUGUAAACAAAAUCUGGCUUGGUACGUAUAUGUACCUAUAUAUCUUACCCUAUUAACCUAACCUACCUUACCUACCAAGCCCAGGUACAUUAUCUUACUUGAAGUUUCUUGUUUCGUCU